AUUGGAUUGGGGUUGUGUAUGUUACGUCAUGUCUACAUAAAAAAGGACUGCAACGAUAGCCAAUAUUUCUUAUAUUCUGAAGGCUAAUUAUUAAAUUACUUGCAGGGUUUAGAGACGUUUGAUAAUUGAGUUGAUUGGUGGGGAAAGGAGUAUGCCUAACCUGAAUUCCUUGAAUGCGCGCGAGAGAUCUCAAGGAUGGCCCAUUCUUGUUCGUCGGAAGGAUUGUUUUCCGCAAGAUUGGCCGAUGUAGUGAAGCCCUUUUGAAGCCUGCAUGGGUCGCGCUGAAGCAGCAUGGGCAACGUGCAUUCCAAACAGUCUAAAUAUAUCUGUGAGUGCUGCAAGAGAGGACGGGCAGGACGGCAGCCAAUUCUUGGAAGAUUUAACCGUCGUGGGCGAGAUAUAUAAAUUGUCCUUUAAAACGCACCAUAAAGACUGUUUACAAUUUUGUGAGGCAAGGUGGGAACUAGUCCAAUAUGCCGUCAAAUCAGAAUUCCAGAGCCAGGACGCGGGAUCGGAACAACGUCCUGAGCAGACCCGAAUUUAUAUCCCUCAACCAACCCCUGCGAGGUGUCAACUGUGACAGCCGGGGCACGUCAAGGAGACCUUGUCAAGCCAAGCAUCAAGUAAGCCAGUCAAGUGAGCAUUCGCAAGAACCUACCGACAAUGCCAACAAGGAUCGGAAAGAGCCCGCAAAACUUCCAGAGGAAGACUGUAUGCUGCUGAACCCUUCGUUCAAGGGGAUAGCAAUUAAUUCUCUCCUCGCCAUUGACAUUUGUCUGUCCAAGCGCAUGGGGGUCUGCGCUUACACGUCGUCGUCUUGGGGGAGCGUCCGUUCCAUGGUCACCCUGCUCGCGCUUACUGGGCAUGGCAUCACGUGGAUCUUUGGCACUAUCGUGUGUCUAACUAGGAGUAAUACGCUGGCUGGACAAGAAGUCUUGGUCAAUCUACUGCUUGCCCUAAUACUGGAUAUCAUGACUGUGGCCGGGGUCCAGAAACUGGUCAAGCGUAAAGGACCACGGGAGAUGAAUCCGGGUUUCAUGGACUAUGUCGCCAUGGAUGUCUACUCCUUCCCUGCAGCCCAUGCCAGCCGAGCAGCCAUGGUGUCUAAGUUCCUUCUGUCGCACCUGGUUCUGGCCAUGCCCCUUCGCAUCCUAUUGAUCCUCUGGGCUUUCCUAGUUGGCCUAUCCCGGGUACUACUGGGGAAGCAUCACCUGACUGACAUAGCCUGUGGCUUUGCACUGGGCCUGCUACACUUCAGUCUGGUGGAAACGGUGUGGCUGUCCUCCACUGCCUGUCAGACGCUCAUCUCUAUAGGCACACUGAGCUGGAGCCCCUUUUACUAAGAACAUUGCUAGGUUAAUGUUAUUAAGCUCAUAUGAUGUUCUGUAAUCGAGAAUAUAGACAAUAUGCCACCUUGUAAAUAUGCCUCUCUGGAAAAAAGAAAUAAGGCUUCAUAACAGCAUAUAAUAUAUAUGCAUAUAAUAUACAGCAUAUAAUAUCUCUGAUGAAUAACCACCCACACUUCUAAAAUCUUUGCACAUUGAUCAUGAGUAAAUGUUUUAUGACAGUAUGUGAAAAAGGUUAACAGGGCAAUAGUUCACCAGGACAAGAAACGUCGUUGUAUGUGUUUGAUCUAUGCUCCCCCUUUUGGCUAGUGUGUCACUCCUUUUGCUUGGGCCCCAAUGCUGUCAGGUCCUGUUCCUAUUCUUCCUGUUACUCAGACGGCCCGUGGGUCACUUCUUCUUUCACUUUCUUCUCCUUUUCCCCUCUUCCUUUUUUCCCCAACACAAAUGGCUAACUCUUACACGAUCUCUCUUUUCCAAUAUUUCUUAAAAAUAAAACAAAUAUAUAUUUGAUGUAGCCUACAAAUUGGACCUUGAAAUGUAUCACAAUGAUCAGUGAAGCUUUGUUGCACAUUUACGUACAACCUGUGCAAAGUACCAUAUUUUCCAGACUAAAAGUCGCGUCAGUCAAAAAAUGAUGUCAUUCAUAGGACACGUCAUGAAGAAGAAAAAAACAUAUAUAAGUCGCACUUGACUAUAAAUCGCAUUUAUUUCGAAAUUUAUUUCACAAAAUACAAGACCAAGGACAGACAUUUAAUCUGGAAAGGCAAAUUAUUCAACUACACAAUGGCACACAGAACAACGGUCUAGGUGUCCGGUAUGUUAACGUAACACAUUAACAGUUAUUCAGCUACACAAUAGCAUAAAAAACAUACCUGGAAGGCUGAAUAUCCUAAAUUAACAUAACAAGCUAGCGAGUCCAAUAAGCAAGUUACCGGUAAGAUAGUUCAGCAAGCUCCCGAUCUCAUUCCACAUCACUGAAUCCGUUGAACUUGUUGGUUCAUGUCAGUCAGUAUGAAUUCACAUUUAAAAACAUUAAAUUAUAUAUAUUUUGAUAUAUAAGUCACACCUGACUAUAAGACGCAUGAACAUCCAAACUAUAAGAAAAAGUGUGACUUAUAGUCCGGAACAUACGUCAUAUGAUAUAUGAUCAUCUGGGGACGGUUUUUCAAAAGUUUGAUUCUGGAUCAAACUGAUCCAGAUAUGGAAAUCUAUUUUUCUGCUAUCCAGGAUCACGUAAUACAUUAGAUUUUUAUGCUGGUUUUUCAAAGCAAUGUGGAAUUGGAUUACUCUGAUCUGGAUUCUAACUUUUUAGGAUUACCAAAUCUGGAUUACCUGUGGUCUAAAUGGGACUAUCACAAUUUAGCUAUGUAAAGAACAACAGGUAGAAUAGUGUGGGGUCACUCCAAUAUGCUUUAUUUGAUCAGAAAAUAGGACUGAACGGAACAGCAAACAAACAAUAUAAACAUCCCCCCUCCAAUAAGUCUUUUAUUUGACAGAAUCAAAUAAAAGACUUGAACUUGAACAUUGUCCAUGUCUUGGAAAAAGGCAGUCCACUCAUACAUGGUUGUGGAAAAAUCAACUGUUUGUGAGGUUCUGAAAAGUUUUUCAACUGCAUUGGCCAGCCUGAUUAAUGAAUUUGUCAAAUCAUCAUAACAUUUUAGAUUUACUUACUGUGACAGUAUGGGUUAGUAGUAAUUAAUAUGGGUUUCUGCAGCAGACGUUCUAUGGUAAUAGUCAGUAGUCAAGAGAUAUGUAUGAUGAACAUCAUGGAUUAAGAUACCUAAACUUCGGUAUAAUCCUAAUUUAAAGGUUUUGCAGUCCUAGACUCCUAGUUCUAGACUGCAAAUCGCUUUCAAGCAAGAUCCUUUAUUUUAUGUCACCCCCAAAAUCCCACAGAGAUUUACCCUCAUGGGCCUUUGUUUUUUUUCCGAAGGACGACCAGGCCAAGCAGAAUUUAUUUAUUUUGGGGAAUAUGCCCAAUAUUAUUGGAGCAAUCGACUGCACCCAUGUGCACAUACAAGCACCUCAUGAGAAUGAGUGGGAGUUUGUAAACCGAAAGGGGAGACACAGCAUCAAUGUUCAACUUGUGGGCAACGCUGAGCUCCUCAUCACAAACUGUGUUGUGAAGUGGCCAGGGUCUGUCCAUGAUGCGCGCAUCCUGAGGGAGAGCGCUCUAUAUAGAGAGCUCCAAAGUGCAAAGUCUGUGAUGACGUCCCUGAUGCACCUGAGCCCAUUGGAGACACUGACCAACCUCCGGCAUUCUGUCAGAAUGAGGGCCCGACUGGAAGACCAAUAAGAGAUGCAAUUGUUAGACACUAUUUUUGAUAAGUCCAUGACUGAUGAUUGUGUCAGUGUGGUUAAUGUUUAAUAAACAAAGACAGAAUUUAUUAUUUGAGUUCAAUAUUGACAGCUGUUUGGGGUAUUAUUUUAUGGGGCCGAAAUAUUUAUAAUUUAUAAUUUGCUGUACUGAAAGGAUGCUAGCCUACAUAGCCUACCUACUUUAUGUUGAACAAUUAAAGUGUAAUUGAUACAUUCUGUAAAAUGGAUGAUAUAAAUGUUGUAUUAUUUAACUAACCAAGUUUAGUUACCUGAUAUCCUCCAUGAAUCCACCCUCCUGCUGGGGUCAGUUUAAUCCAGAUUUUUGGGAUCAAAAUGAUCCCGAUCCUACCAAAAAGUUUUGAAAAACCCAAACUCAAGGUUUGAUCCGGAUCAACAACAAGAUUAAAUUACGUGAUCAUAUUUCGGAAUCCUUUUUUUCUUUUGAAAUACCCAUUUUCAAGUUUUGAUCCAAUCCGAUAGCCGUAAUCCGAUCAGAUUACUUUUGAAAAACCGGCCCCUGUUGAUAUGGCCAUAAACUGUAAAUUGUUUCAAAACAUGGUGUUAUCAUGUAAUUCUGUUUUUGCUGUAAAUCCAUUUGGUUUGUGUGAGAACAGAUAAGGGGUUGUUGUGUAGAUCAGGGAUUCUACUACUGGAUUACACAAUGUUCAUCCAUAUCAAAUAGUGAGCUGAGUUUUCACUUGAGUUUUUGGGUUUUCUAGCUAAUUUAUCUGAGGCAUUAAUGUGUAUCACACAUUGUUUUCCUUCUGUGCUGCAGUCAAAGCAUUAACCAAACAGAUAAACAUGGUCCGUUUGUUGAUGGUGCCUGAGUCAAUAAGUCGUGUCUAUGUGAGUGUAAAGAUCAUUCUUUGCAUCAGGAUUAGAUUUUUUUUUGUGUGUGUGUGGGGGGACUGCUACUCUUUGUUAUUAUAAUUUUUUUGUUUUUAUCUUUAGGUUUAAACAUUUUGACAAUCAAUGCUGUUCUGAAUUCAUUACUAUAUUAUUUUGGGUUAUUGUUGUCUUACGGAACAUCAAUGUCACAUCACAUACAAUACAUACAGCGUUUUUUCCUAUUGAUUAUUUUAGUCGACAUUGUCGAAAUUGUCCCCUUUUUGCCACAAUGAAAAGAUUGGAGUGAGUUGGACCAGUUUGUAUAUUGCUUGUGAACAAGUCAGCAUGUUUCUUUUGUACAACGGUGACAAAGGGUAUUUUAAUGGAGUGCAAUUU